GCUUUCUCAUUGGUCGAGGAGCAGGAAGUGAGAAGCCGCUUCAGGCUCGGCGAGAAUGUGAAUUAUUGAAGUGUUUCCUGUGGAUUUUUAGAUUAUUUACUGUUGGUCAGAGUGAAAGUUUACCGCCGACACGUUUCUGGAUGGAACUUAAAGCCGCCCAGGUUGUGUUUUUGUGUUUUCUCUGCGGACUGAAGGCGGAUCCGGAGGACGGAGAAGGAGGAUGGUCGUCAGACUUCAGCUUACAGGAUGAAGGAGUUUGUAACAUCGACGUGUUGGACAGAUCACAGAUCUCAUAUCAGGAGUUCAUCCAAAGAUACGCUUACAGUCGGCCCGUCGUCCUCCGAGGAUUCACUGACAACACGAAAUUCCGGCUGCUUUGCUCCAAGUCGUCUUUGUUGGAGGAGUUUGGCUCUCGGACGGUCAAACUGAGCACAGCGAACACUUUCUCCUACAGGAAAGUGGACGUCUCCUUCCAGCGGUAUGUUGACGUUCUUUUGAGGCCUCAGGCUGCAGAUGCUCUCGGCAGCGAAACUCUGUAUUUCUUCGGAGACAACAACUUCACCGAGUGGAAGAGUUUGUUUGACCAGUACGAGUCUCCACCGUUCGUUCUGCCAAACACCAGCGGAGCUUUUAGCUUCGGCAUCGCAGGAGCAGGAACAGGAGUUCCCUUCCACUGGCAUGGUCCUGGUUACUCAGAGGUCGUCUACGGACGAAAACGCUGGUUCCUCUACCCGCCCGAUAAAGAGCCUCACUUCCACCCCAACAGAACCACCCUGUCCUGGGUCACAGAAACCUACCCCAACCUGCCGGAGGAAGAGGCUCCACUAGAGUGCACCAUCAGACCUGGAGAGGUGCUGUAUUUCCCCGACCGUUGGUGGCACGCAACCCUCAACCUGGACACCAGCGUUUUCAUCUCCACCUUCCUGGGCUGAACUCAGCUCUACUUUUUAAAUAAUUCCGUUUUUAAAAUCAGUUUCUCUUCGGUCGCAGGCUGACCGGAAGGAAAACAGACUAAUUUUCAGGGGAAACAAAAAGCGGUGACCAACUCUGUUAAUCAUUUUGUGUAAUUCCUUCUUUUUUUUAAGCAGAUUUAAAUGUCAACAAGCUUCCAUUAAUUGUUAUUUUAUGGUUUUUAAAGAGCACAACUUUUGUUUUAGAGGCUGGAUUCAAAAGGUGUUUGAAGUAACGGAUCUACCUGAAAAUAAAGAUCUUUUCUAGGUGGAAACAGUGGUUUAGUCUCAACGACCAGAAUGUGUUCCACUAAGUCCAAUAACUGCAGCUGAAGAGUGUUUAAAAUGUAGAAAUGUGCAAAUAUCGGAUGUUUCUCCCUGGGUUUAACCCUCGUGUCGUCCUGUGGGUCAAAUUGACCCGUUUUAAAUGUUUGAAAAUGUUGGGAAAAAAUGUAUUUUCACAGUGAAACUUCAGAUGUUCACAUUUUCAACAUUUUUGGGAAAUUUUUGAACAUUUUUUUGGUGGAAAAAAGAAAUGUUAAAAAAGUUUCUUUAAGGACAUUUUUCAGAAAAAUCUACCAAAAUCCAGUGAAUUUUGCUGGAUUUUGAUUGAUUUUUCUGUGAAUGUUCUUAAAGAAAAUAUUAGAAGUUUUACUGAUAAAUAAUAAAUAUUUUAGGAUUUUUUGGGGGAAGAUUUUUACUCAUUUAAAAAUAUUUCCAAGAAUUUCUUGCUAAAUUUGGGAGACUUUUUAAAAAUAAAACUUAAGGAAUUAUUGGAAUUUUCUUCCUGAAGGUUUUGCAAUUUUCUCAGAAAUUUGGGGAAUAUUUUAGCUGCAUUUUUGGAUUUUUUUCAGACAAGGAAACAAUAUUUUUUGGUGCCUGUAAAUGAAGACAACAGGAGGGUUAAACAAAAUCCACUUUGCAUCCAGUUUUCUGACUUAAUUGUCAUUCAAAAACUGUUGGAAAAUCCCACAAUUCUGUGUUUUUACAGUUUCUGGCUGAUGAAUAUUGUCAUUUUUAUCAUACUUUACAAAAAUAUCACUUUUUAAACCCACAAUUUAGUAAAAACUGACCUGAAAGUUGUUUAAGGCAGAAAAUUAGAACAAUUAAAUCUUUAAACUGACUUCUUAUUAAAAGAAUGGAGCAUGAAUAUGAAUUCAUUUUUAAAGAUACUUUCUCUUCCACAUUCCUGUAUUUAAUUAAAAUAAAUUUCACUGGUGAGAUGCAUGAAAUGUUUUAUAUUUAUGUCCUCUAAUGAAUUUUUACGGAGGAAUCUAAUGAACACGUUGCUAAAUAAAGUUAAUAAAUGGAUAAAACUGAA